AUGGACGUGUUCAUGGACGAGCUCGACAACCUCCUCGCGCACCUCGGUGUCGAGGACGAUUUUGAUUUGCUCGGGCACUUGUGGGGGUCCAUGCUCGCGGUGCACUACGCGUCGAACAGACACCCCGAAGGGAUGAAGCACCUCAUCCUCGCGGACGGUUCGCCGUCGAUGGAGCUGUGGGCGAGAGGGAUGGACGCACUGCGAGAGCGGCUGCCAGAUGACGUUCAGCAGGAUGCGGUCAUGGUCUUCUACAAGAGGCACGUCUGCAACUUGGACCCGUGGCCCAAGGAGCUACUCCAGUCAUUUGAGGCGAUGGAUAAGGACCCGACGGUAUACACUACGAUGAUCGGACCGUCCGACAUAUACAUCGUCGGGACAUUGCGGACGUGGUCGUGCGUCGACCAGUUGCAGAACAUAUCGUGCCCGACGCUGCUCGUCAAUUCGCCUAUGGACGAGGCGCAAGACGUCAACUUCGUCCCUAUUUUCAACAAAGUGAACCGCGUGAAAUGGGUCCAGUUUGCACGCAGCACGCACCUCGCGUUCUUCGAAGAGCCCAAGCGAUACUUCGACGUAGUUGCAGACUUUUGCAAGACCACCGAUAGAAUGACAUAUCCUUUCUUGUAG